AUGGUCAGCCUGGUCAUGGCCUGGGCUUGCAGCUACUGCUCCCACCCUGGCGGGGAGGAAGACCCAGGUCCUGCCCAGCUGUUCCCACCCAGCCCUCUCCACCCUGCACAGAUGCUGUGGCUGCUGUUCCUGGUCCUCCCCUGCCUGGGGGGCUCCAUACCCGAGACCCCGGAGCCCGUCCCCGAGAAUGACCUGGUGGGCAUCGUGGGGGGCCACAACGCCCCCCAGGGGAAGUGGCCGUGGCAGGUCAGCCUGAGGAUCUACAGCUACCACUGGGCCUCCUGGGUGCACAUCUGUGGGGGCUCCCUCAUCCACCCCCAGUGGGAAGGACACCGACCCGUCCACCUACCGGAUCCACGCCGGGUGUAUCUGUACGGGGGCCGGGGUCUGCUGAACGUCAGCCGGAUCAUCGUCCACCCCAACUACGUCGCGGCCCACCUCGGAUUCGACCUGGCCUUGCUGCGGCUGGCCACCCGCGUGGGCGCAGCAAGCAACGUUCAGCCGGUCACCCUGCCGCCCGAGGCCCUGAACUUCACCCCGGAGGACGAGUGCUGGCUGACCGGCUGGGGCAGGACGUCCUACUACACGCCACUACAUCCACCCUACCGCCUGCAGCAGGUGCACAUCCCACUGGAAGACCACGAGGCCUGUGAGGAGGGCUACAAGGAGUAUCUGCACGCCAGUGCCGACAGGACGGUCAUCCCGGAAGACAUGCUGUGUGCCGGCAGCCUGGGCCGCGGCCCCUGCAUGGGGGACUCCGGAGGGCCCCUGGUCUGCAGGAAGCGAGGCUCCUGGGUCCAGGUGGGCGUGGUCAGCUGGGGGAUCGGCUGCUCCACGAUCCAGCUGCCGGCCGUCUUCACAAGCGUCCAGAGCCAUGUGGCCUGGAUCCGCCGGGAAAUCAGGAAGUGUGGGUGAGCCCCGGGUGGACCCGAGGAUCCACGGAGGAGGCGGAGGCGGCAGCUUUGUCCCGACUUUCCCUGGUGGGGCUUUCUGAUCCCCUCCACCCACACCUCCCACCCACUUCCCCGUGAUUCAGCCCCGCUCCCAUCCCCCUCUUCCUCCCCUCUCCUUCCCCGCCAGUCCCGAGAGGAGGGCAGAGGCCCCCAUGGAGCUGGGGUACCAUGCAACUGUGACUAUCUCAUUAAACAACGGUCUGAGUCAA